AUGUCCUCGCGGCCCAAGGACUGGAAGAAGGCCGCCCCGCCGCUCGCCUUCGCCGGCCAGUCCGCCCUCCCCAAGCUCCCCGUCCCCGCGCUCCCCGCCACCCUCGCCCGCCUCAAGGACUCCCUCAAGCCGCUCGCCUGGACCGACAACGAGUACGAGCUCGCCGCCGCCAAGAUCGACGACUUCGCCCGCGGCCAGGGGCCCGAGCUCCAGGCGCGCCUGCUGAAGCGCGCCGACGAGACGGAGCACUGGCUCGAGGAGUGGUGGGACGACGGCGCGUACCUCGGCUAUCGAGACUCGGUCGUGAUCAAUGUAUCUUACUAUUAUGGCUUCGACGACCCCCCGCCCCACCUCCCCCACACCCCCGUGUCCAGGGCAGCCGGCCUGACGCGCGCGGCGAUGCUCUUCCGCCAACGCCUAAAGCAGGGGCUCAUCAAGCCGGAAGCGACCAAGGAGGGCCCCCUGUGCAUGGAUACCUACAGAUGGAUGUUCGACUGCUGCCGCGUGCCCGGCGCGGACGGGCUCGACUGGAGCGUCUCCUACGCGAAAGAAGGCGACACGGGCGACACGGGGCACGUCGUCGUCCUGCGCAGGGGCAGGGUCUGGCGACUCGACGCCGCGCAGAACGGGCGCAUCCUCAGCACGGGUGAAUUGGAGCGACAGUUCCAGCACAUAUACGAUCAGACGACCGAGGAGUACCCCGGCGUCGGCGUGCUAACCUCCAACAACCGCGACGCGUGGGCCAAGGACUACGCCACCCUCCUCUCCUCCCCGCACAACGCCUCGAUCAUCGAGACCAUCCACUCCGCCGCCUUCCUCGUCUGCCUCGACACCGAGACCCCGUCUGGCCCGAUCGAGCACAGCCGCUUCCUCUGGCACGGCGCCGCCCCGCCAGACGGCCCGCUCGGCCUGCGCAACCGGUGGGUCGACAAGCCCUGCCAGUUCAUCGUGUUCGACAACGGCCGGGCGGGCUUCAUGGGCGAGCACUCGGUCAUGGACGGCACGCCCACCGCGCGCAUGUGCGAUGAAGUACUCGACGCGCUGUACGACCGCGCCUUCGACCACGGCGCGCCGGCUAAUCAGGGCGUCAGCGUGCGGGGCCCGUCGCCGCUCGACUGGGACGUGUCGCCCGCGACGGAAAAGGCGAUCGCGGCCGCCGACCAGGCCGCGCGCGCGCUGAUCGCGACGCAGGCGCUCGCGUACCACCUCACGCCCUUCGGCAAGGCCGCGGUCAAGGCGUUCGGCGUCUCCCCCGACUCGUUCGCGCAGCUCGCGGUCCAGCUCGCGUACCUCCGCCUCGUCGGGUUCGACGCGAGGAAGCGCGGCGGGGGCACGUACGAGGCCGCGACGACGCGGCGCUUCGCCGGGGGGCGCACGGAGGCCGUGCGCGUCGUCACGCGCGAGUCGGACAGGUGGGCGUGGGCGAUGGCGGAUGCGCGCGUCGGCGCGGAGGAGCGCCGGCGGCUGUUCAGGGAGGCGGCGGCGCGGCAUGUGCAGCUCGCGAGGGAGGCGGGGCGCGGGGAGGGCGUGGACCGGCAUAUGCUGGGGCUGAGGAAGUGUCUGCGCGCGGGCGAGCCGACGCCCGCGCUGUACGCCGACCCGCUCUUCCAGCGCUCGAGCCACUGGGUGCUGAGCACCUCCGCCGUGUGGUCGAAGCACUUCCCCGUGUACGGUUGGGGCGAGGUCGUCCCCGAUGGCUUCGGGGUGGCGUACAUGACCGGGUACGAUGGUGAGUAG